AUGACGGGCGAAUUCCCUCCCGCAAUCAACAUCCCGCCUCUUAGAAAUCCUCACGGCAUCACCGUCAUUUUUCUUCACGGUCGAGGCUUCAACGCCCAGAAGUUUCAUGGCUCACUACUCCAGACCGACAUCUGCAAUCAUACAUUCCAGGAGGCACUGCCUCACGCACGAUUUGUGUUCCCAACGGCCCCGCUUUCCAGAGCGUCAAAAUACCGUCGUAUCUUGAUGCAUCAAUGGUACGAUGGCACUGGUGAUUGGGAGCCAGAGGCUCGGGGCGGCAUGCAGCCUAGCAUAGAGCACAUUCACGGCCUCAUUCGGAGUGAAAUUGAAGUAGCCGGCAACGAUUCAAAGCGCAUCGUCCUUGCCGGUUUCAGUCAAGGGGCUGCCAUGGCCUUUGUGAGCAGCUUACUAUGGGAUGGUGACCCUUUGGGUGCUGUGGUUGGCUUGUGCGGCUUUAUGCCACUUGCUUCCCAUCUCCUGAGUAUUCUGGAUGAUGAUGGCUUUGCACCUGGUGCAGAUGAUGUGUUUGAAGCAAGUCAGUGUGCCGAUGCUCGAACGCCGCAUCAAAAAGUCUUGGAUGAACUUCGUGAAGAGGCCGAGCUUCCUGGGACUCAACAAAUAUCGGACUUUCAGUUUCUGUCAACUCCGGUUUUCGUCGGCCAUGGAAGCGCAGACCGGGAGGUUGUUGUUCAACACGCGUCACAAGCGGGACUGCUAUUGCAGAAACUGGGUUUGGACGUGGACUUUCACAUCUACGAAGGGCUAGGACACUGGUAUUCUGCAUCAAUGUUAAGAGACCUGGUCCAAUUUCUUGCUACGCAACUGAAGGUGCAACCGCCCUUGGGCUAA